AUGUCAGGCAAAGGAACCGAAGCCAAAAUACGGAUUGUAAGGUUCAAUAUUGACUUGCGUGCAUGUACAAGUGACUCGAGCAUAAAACCUUGGUACCAAGGGACAUUUAAUCAGUCAUUCAAGUACGCUCAAGGAGUCUACCCCAGCAUGUAUUCAUCCUACUAUGUAUGGUUAACGAUCAGAGUAUUUCUUUUCGCUCCUGUGUUGGUAGACACUAUCUGGCUUAUCAUUCCGCUGUUGGACACGACACAAUACGACACGACACAACACAACACGGUCGUGAUCGCUGCCCAUGAUUAUGCAUCCGAGUGUGAUAGAGCCCGAUCUUUCAAACAUAGCCGUUUCAUUGCGAGGGAAGGACCCUUGAAAAGCGCGGGAAGAAAGCCACAGCUAUUGAGACGCGUGACCUCCUCAUCAUCUUUGCUUAACUCUGCAUUGGCGCUAAAAAAGAACAAAAAAGAAAAAGGCCGCACCGCAGGCACAGACUUGCAGAACCCUGCCGGAGAACGGAAGUCGAUCCACUUGGCCAAAUAA